AUGGCAAGAACCAAAUAAGGCAAACCAUGUAAUGGUAAACUUAGUUUCUCCCCUGAAAAGAAAAGUAUGUGUAAUGACUCUUGGCAAAUCCAAAGAAAUAUUCAUAAAAAUAAAUAAAAGAAGAAACACAGAUUCAGACCUGGAACUAUUCCCUUAAGAGAAAUUAGAUAGUAUGUUUCAUAUAAACUUAAGGUUCUAAUUUUCAACCAAUCUAUUAAUAAGAAAAAUACCUUUCUAAAGACUAGUUAGGGAAAUAUCUUAAGGAUCUGAUAAAGAAUUCAGAUUUAGUCAAUCUGCCAUGUAUGCUUUACAAGAAGCCACAGAGGGUUUCAUCAUUCAUCUAUUUGAAGAUGCCAAUCUCUGUUCACAUCAUGCUAAAAGAGUCACAUUGUUAGCAAGAGAUCUAUUUUUGGCAAUUAGAAUUUAAGGAAUAGAAUAUUGA